AUGCGCUCCGCAACCGCCGCGACAAGAGAAGCAACAUUAGCAUUGCUUUCAGGUAAGACUGAGAAAGCGGGGGAUUUGUUACUACAGUGUUCAAACACACACAGUCAACUAGUGAAGGAGGCUUCAAUGGCAUAUUUUAUCACUGUGCUAUCUAUUGAUCCUUUGACAUCUACUUUUGUAGGACAAGGAUUUGACAGGCAUUUGCUUGGACUAAAAAUCACGGCUGAACGUCUUGGAAAGAAAAUCCCAGCUGUUUUUGAGGAUCCUGGUUUCAAUCGUAUGAGCCAUUUCGUACUGUCAACAAGUACUUUGUCUACGAACACAAUUGUCUUUGGUGGUUUCGGCCCCGUAGUAAAGGACGGUUUCGGUAUCGGAUACAACGUGUCAUCGUCCCGAGUAGGAGCUGUUAUCACCAGUCAUAAGAGAAACCGCGAUGCAAAGGACUUCGGCAGGGCUUUAGAGAAAAGUUUGGACACCUUGAAGAAUUUUGUGAACAAGCAAUGA